CAGAAUUAACGCGCAUUUUGUGAUGGUUUGUGCAAGGAGAAUUUUGUGGAACUUUUGUUAAAAUAUUUUACGUGUUAUUGCGACCUCCGUGCCUAAUCGUAAUGUCCUGCACAGCGGAGGAAAUAGCGGAGAAAAGGCGCAUAGCUAUUGAACGAUUGAACGCCCGCAAAAGCGCUAACGCGAACAAACCGACGACUGCAUCGGCGCUGAAAAGUGUACAAACUCCUGUUGCUGCUGGAGCUGGCCCAAAACCUAACAAUAAUGCCGUGCACGGAGUCGGCUCGUUCUAUGGACAGAAUGAAAAUAGAAACACUAUCGGAAAAAUUCCAGCUCAACGGAAACCGGCUGCACCGUAUGCCAGACCACCGCAAACGCAGAAAAACACACCAUCGAAGAUUGCGCCGAUCUUCGUGCGGACCGUUACGUGCGCUUUGUCGCUGAUAUCGGAAGAAAGGUUCAUCGCGGACACGAAUGGAUACCAUGAGCAAAUGAUUGAAGAAUUCAAACAAAUUCCAUCCCGUUCUUAUGAACCUGCCUCAAAGAAAUGGUCAUUUGAGCUGAAGGAUUACAGCCUGCUGCUGACUCGGCUGACACCGUUGAAUCCGAAUGUCGUCAUUUGUCCGAUUCCGUCGUUCGUGAUGCGCGAAUUUUCAAGUGGACCAAAGCCCAAACCGAGUCACGUUUGUUUGAAUGCCAUCGAUCCAUCGCUCGUCAGUUCGUUGCUGAAGUUUCAGAAAGAGGGUGUCGCCUUUGCUAUCGAUAAAAGUGGACGAGCACUGAUAGCGGAUGAAAUGGGUCUCGGUAAAACGUAUCAGGCGAUCGCGGUGGCGGAUUUCUACCAGCAGGACUGGCCAUUGCUGAUCUGCACUACGGCCACAACCCGUGACAGCUGGGCAGUGAAGUUCCGGCAGCUGUUGCCCCACAUUCCGGCUCAACGCAUAAUGGUGUUGAACAAUGGACAAGACUUUAUCGGUGAUUGCCGUGUGCUGAUCUCGAGCUACUCGCUAAUGGAGCGAUGUGGUGAUAAACUGCAAGAUCGUGGCUUCGGUAUGUUGAUCUUCGACGAGUCACAUACGCUAAAGAAUUUUAAAGCAAAGUGCACCAACGUUGCCAUGGCGCUGAGUAAGAAAGCGAGGCGCGUCAUUCUUCUUUCUGGCACUCCGGCCCUUUCACGACCAGUCGAACUGUUUACUCAACUACAAAUGCUCGAUAGUCGGUUUUGUACCUUCAAGGAGUACAGCACGCGAUACUGUGCGGGCAAGCAGAGUAGCUUCGGUUGGGAUGCCAGCGGUCAAUCGAACCUUGCCGAGCUGAACAUACUGUUGGCGCGUAAAUUCAUGGUACGCCGAACGAAGGACGAGGUGAUGUCGGAGCUGACCGAGAAAAACCGUGAGACGGUAAUCCUUGAUCCCUCGUAUAUGUGGACCAACGACGGUAUCGAGGAUGACAUGAGUUGCUAUGCCAACGAUUACAGCCAAAGCAAGGGUCGUCAGCGAGAAGAUAUUCUGCUAAAGUACUACAGUAUGUCAGCGGAAGCAAAGGCGCCAGCUGUUUGUGCUUAUUUGAAGCAAGUGUUAAAAGAAAACAAAAAGUUCAUCGUAUUUGCUCAUCAUCAUUGCAUGCUUGAUGCGAUCCAUAAGUGUCUCACGAAGCAGAAGGUCGAUUUCAUACGAAUCGAUGGAUCAACUCGAUCGGAUUUGCGAGCGCCUCUUGUCGAGAAAUUCCAAACAAAAGAAUCUUGCCGUGCGGCGGUACUCUCACUGAAAGCGUGUAAUGCAGGCAUCACGCUCACUGCAGCCCAUUUGGUGCUGUUUGCAGAACUGGAUUGGAACCCUAGCACACUAGCGCAGGCCGAAAGCCGCGCACAUCGCAUCGGACAGAUGGAUACCGUGACGGUGCGUUAUCUGUUGGCCCAUAAAACGGCCGACGACAUAAUCUGGGCAAUGUUGCAACGUAAGCAAGACAUCCUGACCAAAGUUGGCCUAUGCAACGAGGACUUUUCCGAUGCUUCAAAUGUACAGGCCCUGAGCGAUGCGGGUUCGAUCCUUCCGUAUCUGAACGAGUCGGUUUCACCGGCGCGAAAGUCUAUCGGUCCGCUCGAUCAGUUUAUUCAGCGCUCACCAAAACCAUCGACCACCUUAAAACCAAACCCGGGAGGAUCGGAAGCAGCGCUUCUCAGCCGGGGAUCUUCUACCGUCUCUAAAUUCCUCGAUCAUGAUGAAGAUGAUGAUGAACUUGCGAUGCUCGAAUUGUAGAAUGUAUUGUUGCCAAGAUUGGAAUUAAUGUGAUUGAAUUUUUGUACAAAAGAAAAAAAUCUUUUUAUUUCCAUUUAUCGUGGUCUCCUU